UGUGCGCCGCCAGCCGCCGCCCCACCGCGCCCGUCCCCGCUCCGGGACCGCCGGGACAGUGCGAACAAGCACCUGGGCGAGGGUCAAACAGCACCCGAGCGACCAGCGAGCGAGCAAACCGGGGCGAGGGUGAACGCGCUACCGGGCGCGCCCCCCGCCCGCCUUCCCUCCUCCCCUCCCUUCCUCCCUCCCUCCCCUCUUCCUUCCCCUCCCUGCCCGUCCCUUCCUCUCUCCGCCUGGUGCCGCCACCGCUGAGGAGGAGGAACAUGGCGAAAGCGGAGCAGGUCCUCAGCCUCGAACCGCAGCACGAGCUCAAAUUCAAAGGUCCUUUCACAGAUGUGGUCACUACAAACCUGAAGCUCGGCAACCCCACGGACAGAAAUGUGUGCUUCAAAGUUAAGACCACAGCACCACGUAGAUACUGUGUAAGGCCCAACAGUGGAAUUAUCGAUGCAGGAACAUCAAUUAAUGUUUCUGUGAUGCUACAGCCUUUUGACUAUGACCCUAAUGAGAAAAGUAAACACAAGUUUAUGGUUCAGUCUAUGUUUGCUCCAGCUGAUACUUCAGAUAUGGAAGCAGUAUGGAAAGAAGCAAAACCGGAAGAACUCAUGGAUUCGAAACUUAGGUGUGUGUUUGAGCUACCAGCAGAAAAUGAUAAGCCUCAUGACAUAGAAAUAAAUAAAAUUGUAUCCACAACUGCAACAAAGACAGAUUCCUCUGUAAUGUCUAAAUCAAUAAGUUCUUCUUUGGAUGACACUGAAGUUAAGAAAGUAAUGGAAGACUAUAAGAGGCUUCAAGUAGAAGUUCAGAGGUUACGGGAGGAGAAUAAACAGUUUAAGGAAGAAGAUGGACUGCGGAUGAGGAAGGUACCCCAGACAAACAACCCAAUAUCUCCUUCUGCAGCUGCUGUCAAGGACGAAGGGCUCAGCUCCAGACUACUUGCUUUGGUGGUUUUGUUCUUUGUCUUUGGUGUAAUUAUAGGAAAAAUAGCCUUGUAGAGGCAGCAUGCUGGAAAUUGUAAAUUGGUUUGAUGGUUCUGCCAUAUCAUUGGAUUAAAUUUAUUCAUAACAAUGUUUAAAAAAAAAAAAUUAAUGUAUGACAUCUCACAGGUCUUGCCUUUAAAUUACCCCUGCACAAAUACUAUGUAACAUAAUCUAGAAAGUUCAAAAUGUACGGUGAGGGAAUGAAUGAAAGAGAAUAUGCUUCAGUGAUGAAAGGGGGAGAAAAUCCUGAUUUAACACUACAAUGGAAUAUUGUAUAUGUCAUUUUAAACAUUCUUAGACCCUGGUACAUGUUGCUGGAUUACCUCUUUUAAAAAAAAAAAAAGAAAAAAAAAAGGAAAACUAGAAAAACCUCUUCCUCCACUGCUGGAGCUGGCCCUAGGGAUGUUUGGAGCUGGGUUAGGCAGGAGGAGUUGAUAACUUCUGUAAAAUAUGUUAAUCCACCAUUCUGCUCAUGAAUUUAACAGUUUCUGUCGGUGUCUUCAACUCUGUGCAAGUUACCAAUUUCUUGGCACUUAAAUGAGAAGUGGGGAGCUGCAAAGAUUUGUCUGUGGCAGCACUGAGGGAGCUGGGCAGCACUGAGGGGCUCCUUCAGAAUAAAGGUCAAUGCCUCAUUCUCACCAAGGGACCAAGCUACUUUGCUGUUGGUUCAUUUAGUUGAAUUAAAAUGUUAUUCAGAGAUGUUUAAUGCAUAUUUGACUUAUUUAAUGUAUUUCAUCUCAUGUUUCCUUAUUGUCACAGAAUUGACUAAUACUUUGUGGUAUGAAAGGCACCUGUUCAAAGCCAGUGAUAAGAACUAAAACUUUGCUGCUGUAGUGGUGCAAGAUUCUUCUGCCUCCUGGUGUUUUGGGCACUACACAAUUGUUGGGAGUUUUGAUCAUCUGAGCAUUGGGAAAACAGUGGUCAGGAAACUGUUUUUGUAUGUAAAUAAGCCUAUCUAGGGGAGAAACAAAAUUAUUAGUAGUAAACUAGUCCUAUGCCGUAAAAAGACCAAUCUUGUUUGACUAUGUAGCAUCUGAAAAAAAAAAGGAAAAAAAAAAAGAAAAGAAAAAUUAAAUAAAGCCCCCAAAUUAAUGUUUCCUUUGUUACUUUUGUCCUGUUCUCAGUUUUAGAGAUGGGGAGGAAACAGUGUUCUCUUGUCAGCUUUCAGCUUGUUCAUGGCAUAAGGAAAUCUGCAGUUGUAUUUCAGGGUGAAUUUCUAUUUCCAGACUAAUUUUAAAAUCAAACCAAGCCACCCCAGCAUGAGCCUGACACACAAAAGUUGUUCAGGAGUUCAGACACCUGACAGCACUUUUAGAAUAAGGUGAUUUUGUUUCUAAGAUUCCUUUUACCACAAGGUGUAUAAAGAAACUCAGAGUGUUUAAACAUGAUGGAUUCAGUAGAUGAAACAGUUUUUGAGCAGGUAAAUUCACAUCUAUUCUUAAAUGGUAGACCCAAUAACAUUCACUAACAAAAUUUUUUGAAGCAUAUUACAAGAUGAAGCUGAGUCUUUUAAAAAUGACUUCUGUCAUUCCUUCCCUAUUCCUGGGAUUCUGUGAGAAAACUGUUGGGGCUGCAGCCUGUCUGCUGCACCCCUUGACUUUUUUGUUUGUCCCACUUGUGUCUCAAGGGCUUCCCCCUCUGCAAGUGCAAAUAAGUGAAAUUUUAUGUGAUGCUUAAUAAGAAAAACCCCCUGUAACUGAUGUGUUCUGCUUCUGAACACAAGGAAGUAUUUGUAGGAGAUUCAGUGGAAAGGAGAGGUGUACUUUUAGCAUUUUGAAGUGCUGGUGCCUUGUCUGCUCAGAGGGAAGGGACAGAGCCACUGCAGCUCUGGGACAUGAGCUGGAAAGGACAAAGGGAGAGUCUAUGGGACAAAUGGGGCAGAAUUGAUCAAGAAGAAGAUACUUCCUGGGCAGUAGAAGCUGAAGAAAACUUUCUAAUGAAGCAUUCUUUUCAGAAAGACGGGGUUGUGAGUGAUACUGCAAAAUGAAUUUUCAUGGUUUUGAAGAAUGUAUUUGAGGAAACCUUUACUGAAGGGAGACUGAGAUAUGAAGUAGAUUUUUUUAAAGUGGCUGUAAAUAUCUUGUUCUCUUAUCAGAAAUUUCUGAUUCACUUUGAAAAAAAAUAAGUUUUUUCGAGAGUCCUUUGUUGUGCUUAAAAACAGCCUAAAAGAGGUUGGUUUUUAAAAAAAUGACUGUCUGUGCAAGAUAAAGGAGGAGGAUGGAAGAUUUAAACUGGUCUCCUGUGAGGAUAUCUGGAGUGGUGUUCCAGGCAGGUUUUGCACUGUGGAAAGCUACCCCAGCUGCCUUUGCUGGCCCAGGGCAAAGCCAGCAGCAACUCUGUCCUCCCCCAGUGCUCAGCAGUCACUUCCUGGUGUCUGUGCCAGCCUGGAACUGUAGAUUGUUCAUGAGCAAAGUUGUUCCUGGUGUUUGCACUCCAGGAUCCUAAAGAGGUCCCAGAAAACCCUCUCAUGCUUUUCCAGAUUCCCUUCAAACACUAAUCAAGGAGACCAGGAGAGGAUUUCCCUGUUGGAUUUCAGUGGCCUGCAGCUGGGCCAAUCCACACCAUCAGUCCUAAACAAGACUCUUAAAUGAACUGCUUGUAUUUUAGAAUUUAACAAAAUCCUGAGCUUUUCCCUCACCAUUUUUGACAAGAGCCUGAACACAGUAGCCCUGAAUUGUCUGGGUAAUGCUUUGCUUUGCUGAGCUUGAAAUAAAGUGACAGAUCGGGGGAAUUCUCACUCCUUGUUUGACCAAACCCUUCUUCCAUAGGCAGUAGAGAGAAAUCUUAAGGAUUUUUUUUCUUCCAAGGUUCCUAAAAGGCCAGUUUGUAGAUAGAGUGCAAAUAUAGAUUGGAUGGAUAUUCUUAAGCCACCUGGCUCUUUUUGUAAGUUGUUCCUUUCAUGACAACACAACACAAGAGGAAAUGUUCUCAUGAAGUAUUCACAGCAAGUGAAUUAUUCUGAAGGACAUUGUACAUCUUAGCAAGUUGUGCACAAAAUGUAGAGUUUCUAAAUAAGAUUAUUGUCUGGGGUCCUCACACAACAUCAGAUACUAGAAACCUGUGAUUGAUCCAUGGUAGUAGAAAUCAAGUUAUUACUAAUCUAAUUAUUGUCCUUGCUGUUACUUUAAGAUGACCACUUGCACAUUUAUUGUUGAUUUUUGUAACACCCAGUAGAGGCUGCUUGGUGCACUCUUUGGACAAGUUUGGGAUAAACAGAUACCUGAAAUGUCUUGAAGCCUAGAGCUGGGAAACAAAUGGAAAAUGGUUUCUUCUAUUUUUUAUGUAGUUCUCCACAUCUUAAAGCAAAUACUCCAUGCAUGAAUGAUCAUAACUAUUGCUGUGCAUUGGCAGUUGUCAGCUGGGAAUGCACAGCUGGAACAGCUGCAUGUGCAAGCCAGGACCAGCUCAGGUUACUGGGGAGUAGCCUGGGGGCUGAAGAGCAAGAUCAUGUCAUGUUGUUAUGUUGAGGGGAUUGAUGUACCAUAAUGUCAUUUUCUAAAAAUACAGGAUUGUAAAGCUCGAUGGUGGUGUUACUUUUUCCUCCUGAAAUGCUGUUAGUGGGAUAAAGUUGGAACUUCACUUUGCAAUUCACUAGAAUUUCUGUUCAUCAAUAAACUAUGAAGGGUUUGUAUCUGC